AUGGCUAUAACAAUGGAGUUGGAAGAGAGUGCAUCAGACUCUAAACUUCACAAAGAAAGCAUAGCAAUAAAAGAAUUGCGCCCAUCUAGUGCGGUCUCUAUUUCUAAAUCUGAACAUGGACCAGAGACAUCAAGCUCAUUAGAUCAGUUGAAACAAUAUAAAAGUUGGGUAAGCAAUGAAAGAUGGAAUGAACUUAAAAAGAUCGCAGAUACCGCGAUGAGGGAACGUAAAGUAUUUAUGAUAAAAGGAGGAGGAUUCCCCGCGGUGCGCCGCGCGUUGCUUGAAAGAGGAUGGGUUGAAAAAUAUGAAUCACAUAAGGUUCGCCAUCCACCAUCCAACGUAGAUCCUAAGAAAGUCUCAGGGAAGGAGCUAUCAAAAGUAGAAAGAAUGAUUCUUUACAAAUUUAUGGAGCAUCAUUCUGUUGAUUUUCUGUGGACGUCCAAAAGAGAUAGAUACGAUUGGCUACUUAGCAACAAAGAUGUUAUGAUAAGCAGAUUUUGCAGGUCCAUUUUCACUACCAAAGAAGGGUUAACCAAUUCUUUGACUCAAAUGCACUGGUAUACUGAACCAGGUGUGGCGUUAACUAAAUUCCCUCGUUGCUAUAAUAUUCACAACUCCGAUAGUCUAGAAGAGUUUAUCGAUGACUUCAGAAUAACAGCUUGCAUAAGCAUUCUAAAAUGGCUUUCUAACACGCUACAGGGAAGUUGUGAACAGGAAUUAGUAAAAAACCACGGAAAAGUUCCGUUUACAGCGAUUGAAUUCGCUAUAUCUCGAUUAAACGAAUACAUUUCGUUCUUUUCUCACAAAGACAUUGAUGACACAGACGAUCAAAUACAACAUAUUUGGGAACAUGAAUGGGAUCAGUUUCUAACGCAUCAUUAUCUCUUGGUUCAUGAAAAUGCCAAGUUUUUGGAAGACAAAAAUACAAAUAUAGUUCAAUUAGAACGAAAGGCAAGUAAAGUCGUGGCUACUAUGACAAAAUUUUGGCCGCAGAUUGAUAUCGAUGGAGUUUUCAAUAUUUGGAUCGUGAAACCGGGAAAUAAGUGCCGCGGUAAAGGCAUCCAGCUGAUGAAUAAUAUCAAAGACAUUAUAGGUCUCAUUAAUAUUCCUGCGCAGAAAACAAGAUUCGUUGUGCAAAAAUAUAUCGAAAACCCAUUAAUCAUUUACGACACUAAAUUCGAUAUACGACAAUGGUUUCUAAUCACAAAUUGUCAACCGCUAACAAUCUGGUUGUACAAAGAUAGUUACUUGCGAUUCAGUUCCCAAAUAUUCAGUUUGUCGAACUAUCAUGAAUCUGUACAUCUUACAAACAACGCAAUUCAAACAAAAUACAAGAAUAAUGGUGAAAGAGACAAAGCACUGCCUGAUGAAAAUAUGUGGGACUGUCACAGUUUUAAAGCUUACCUUAGACAGAUAGGGAAAUAUGAAAUGUGGGACACAAAGAUAUAUCCAGGGAUGAAGCAGUGUCUUAUUGGAGCAAUGUUAGCAUGUCAGGAAACAAUGGACAAAAGACAGAAUAGCUUUGAAUUAUACGGAGCGGAUUUCAUGUUAACCGAUGAUUUUACACCUUGGCUCAUUGAAAUCAACUCCAGUCCAGAUUUAGCACCGACAACAUCUGUCACAGCAAGAUUGUGCCCUCAAUGCCUAGAAGACGUUAUAAAAGUUGUACUUGAUAGACGUAGUAAUCCAGAUGCUGAUACAGGAACAUUUGAACUGGCCUACAAACAAGUUGUUCCAAAAGCACCAGCUUAUCUUGGAUUAUCAUUAUGUAUAAAUGGAAAGCGCAUGAUAAAAAAAUCAAAAGAACGAAAACAUGAACACAGAAGUGUAACUCCCUUAGUGCCCCGUAUUCCUUCCAGUGACGUUAUAUCGGAUGCUGAUCAACCAAUUCCAUCAGAGUACAGUGGACCUAUAAUUACAGACUUUCUAACCUGGUUGAACCCAUAUGACGCCAUACCUAUUAAUAAAGAUGGUCUGGUGCUAGGACCGAAGGACUCACUUACGGUACGCCAAGCUGUUACAGUUGUAAAAUCGAGUCAAAGUCUAAAGAAUUGUAAAAGGCGUAAAACUUCUGCACUAUCUUUUAGGACACUCCGAGGAAGACGAGAAAAAAACGGAGAAUCUAAACUUAGAGUUAUUCCUCAUUCCUGCUGUCGCCCAGAGGAUAUUCAAUCGAAUACUCACUCUAGUAAAUAUCGGACCGAAUCAGCAAAAAAAGCAGACAGACCGAAAAUCGACAGGUCGGUGGGUAAUAAACGAUGUUAUAUAGAUCCAAUUGAAUGGGAAAAAGAGACAGCCAGUAUUUUACGUUCCACAAUAUCCGUACAAAACAAACUAUCAGCACGAACUGAAACCGUUAUUCCUGCCGUACGACAAACGAAAUCGGGAAUUAUUAAUUCGACUCAUAAGCCUCUGCUGGAACCGUUAAACUUCCGUAGGUGUGUUGAAAACACUAAUACUAUUAAGAAGUUAAGUGCUAUUGGAAGAAAUAUUUGUAAACCUCGCAAUGAAAUCAGAAGUAAAAAAGCCAUAACGUUUUCUAAAAGUUGUACAUCAAUUUAUACACCUUAUCAGUUUACCGUCACGCCUCUGAAUGACAAUUAGAGUAUAAAUACAUGAUUGUAUUCCCUAAAAAUUAUUCACGAUAUAACUUACCAAAAAAUUGCUAAAUUUAACUUGGUGAUAUUUUGUUUCAUGUUGAAAUUUUCAAAUUUUAUGUCUCUAAUAAUUAAAUAUCUAGUCGUUAUUUGUUGCGUUAAUUCUUUUUUUUUUUUUUUUUGCAGAUUUGUCCUGUCCCG